GAAAAAUGUUGUAAACCACAUAAUGCUUUCCUUUUUUAGGAAUAAAAAACAUUAGAAAUCAAUUUUGGGACAUACGAAAAAGAAAAGUAGGAAUUUUUUUUGGGGACGGGGGAGUAUAUAAAAGAUUGAAAUAUGUUGUGAUUAAAGUAAGGGGUCAAGGACUAUUGUGGUCCACUGGCCUUAUUGUAAAAAGGAAACAGCAGUGUUUAUCUUUUGGUUUUCUUUUUUUUCUCUUGCUUCCAUUACUUGGAGGGGAAAGUGCUUCUCCUGGUCAGCAAUAUCAAAAAUACACAAGACAAUGCUCAUUUGGCCAUCCCAUCUCUCCUUUUCAUGAUAAUAUGCCAAGAAAAAAGCAUGUGGAAUGUUGAAUGAGAGCUUUCCUUGGUAGACUUCUUCUGUUCACUAAAGCAAAAAAUGGGUAAUUGAAAUUUUAAAAAAAAGUUAUGAUUUUUUUACUUCUUGAAAGGCUGUAACUUUUUUUUCCCCUCUUGUAUUGUGGUAAUUUUACAGAGGACGUGUGCAAUAUGCUUGAAAAGUAUGAAACCAGGGCAAGGGCAUGCCAUUUUCACUGCAGAGUGCUCUCACUCCUUCCAUUUCCAGUGCAUAACCUCCAAUGUGAGGCACGGAAACCAGAUCUGCCCGGUUUGCAGAGCGAAAUGGAAAGAGAUCCCUUUCCAGACCUCUCCCCAGCCGGAGAUUUCCCUUGAAAGAGCGAGGACCAAUCCUCCUCGGUCCUAUUGGCCUCAUUAUGAUGCUCUGCUCUCGUCACUCAGGCGUUCGUCUUCCCAUCUUGAAUCAUCAAUUGCACGCAAUUCGUCGCCUCUCCCUCUCGUGGACCCGCCAAGCGUGUUUGAUGAUGAUGAAUUUGUCGACCCGGAACCGUUAUUGCAUGCUGAUGUAGCGAGUGCGCCUCCUCAUUCUAUGGGCAUGUUAGGUGUCACGACAUAUCCGGAGAUACCUGACGUUUCCCAAUCGGCGGUUCAUAAGGAUUUUGCUGUUCUGAUUCAUCUCAAAGCCCCGCGGGCCGAAGGGCACCCGAAUUCCCAGGGCGACUGUCUGGUGACUCGGAAUUCCCGGGCCCCAGUUGAUCUCGUUACUGUUCUUGACGUUAGCGGCAGCAUGGCGGGCACCAAGCUCGCUCUGUUGAAACGUGCGAUGGGGUUCGUGAUCCAACACCUCGGCCCGUCUGAUAGGCUCUCGGUCAUUGCGUUCUCCUCUUCCGCCCGACGCCUCUUUCCUCUCCUCAAGAUGACCGAUUCAGGCAGACGUGAAGCGUUACAAGCCGUGAACUCCCUCACUUGCAACGGCGGGACCAACAUUGCCGAUGCCCUAAUGAAGGGCGCCCAGGUCAUGACGAACCGAAGGUCAAAGAACCCAGUCAACAGUAUAAUACUUCUCUCUGACGGGCAGGAUACCUACACCCUUAACAACCUCUACGGAACCAAUUCUGAUACGGGUUACCAGUCUUUACUCCCGGCCUCGAUGCGACGCGGAUCAGGCGCUCUUCACAUUCCGGUCCACACGUUUGGGUUCGGGUCCGACCACGACGCCAUUGCCAUGCACUCCAUCUCGGAAAGUUCCGGAGGAACGUUUUCUUUCAUAGAAGCGGAAGGAGUGAUCCAAGAUGCCUUUGCCCAAUGCAUCGGCGGGCUUCUGAGCGUCGUGGUUCAGGAUCUCCAGAUGGAAGUCGAAUGCGAGGACCCCACGUUGGAACUCCGGUCGAUAAUAUCCGGAAGCUACAAAAAUUCAUUGAAACAUAACAGAAGGGGAGGCAUUAUAGAGGUCGGCGAUUUGUACGCCGAAGAGGAAAGGGAUUUCCUGGUAACGUUAGACAUACCCGUCGCGAGGAAGGACGCGAUGAACCUCUUGAGGAUGAAGUGCAUUUACAAGGACCCGGUUUCAAAGAACGCGGUGACAAUGGACGAGGCUUCCUUCGUCACAAUCGGGCGGCCGAUCUUGGCGGAACAAAAGGAGGUGUCGAUGGAGGUGGAUAAGCAACGGAACCGACUUCGGGCUGCGGAAGCCAUGGCGGCUGCCAAGGCAGCGGCAGAUCGCGGGGAGUUGGCCGUGGCGGUGGGGGUAGUGGAGCACGCGAGAAAACAGCUGGCGGAGACGGCAUCUGCCCGGGCAGGGGACUGGCUGUGCGUCGGGUUGGAUGCAGAGCUUAGGGAAAUGCAACUGAGGAUGGCGAACCGCCCGACAUACGAAGCGUCGGGCAGGGCUUACGUGUUGUCGGGGUUGAGUUCGCACUCGUGGCAGAGGGCGACAGCGAGAGGCGAUUCCACGGAGAGCACCAGUCUUGUGUUGGCUUACAAAACGCCGUAUAUGGUUCAAAUGAUCAACCGGUCACAGAAUAUGGCUUCCGGCAGUUCACAACCGUCGCUCCGGCAGGCGCGUUCGUUUCCUUCGCCGCCUCGACCGAGGUGAUGAUGAUCCCAUGGUGCCCCUCUCGUGGUAGCUCACGUUGUUUCAUUGCUUUAAGAAACUUUUCAUUAAUCCAUUUUUUUUUUUGUGUUUUGUUUUGAAUCCCUUCUUCAUAAGCAGAAUUUUGGGGUUUCUAUGGGAUAGAUAAGUGGGGGCAAGAGAAUUUAAGAGCUCUUUGUACAUACAGAGAUAAAUAAUCUGCCUUUUUUUUUCUUUUAAAUUGAGGAGUUUUGGGUAGCGCUUUGGGCAAAUGGU